AUGUCCGUAUUUCUCAAUAACUUAACAAAUGACUCUAGUCUAUGGAAAGAGAAUCAUAAUUCGACAGAUCUUUUAAAUCCACCAGGAACUCUGAACGUCUACCUUUUUUGCCUGACGUGCUUCCUGACUCUCGCAGCCCUGGCAGGCAGCAUCUAUUCACUAGUUUCCCUGCUGAAAACGCAGAACAGAACUGUUGUGUCCAUGCUCGUGGCGUCCUGGUGUGGGGAUGAUCUCCUGAGCGUCCUGUCGGUGACCAUCUUCAUGUUUUUGCAGUGGCCAAACGAGGUCUUUGACUACUUCCAGUCUCUGUGCACCACCUCUGCCUUACUCUAUUUGUGCCAGGGCCUCUCGAGCAACUUGAAGGCGACUCUCCUAGUCUCAUACAACUUUUACACGAUGCACAGGACUGUAGGGAGCCAGGCAGCCUCCAGAAGAUCCAGUCAGGUGCUCGGCGUGGCCCUGAUGGUGUGGGCAGCCAGCCUGCUGCUCUCCGCGCUCCCACUGUGCGGCUGGGGCGCCUUCGUGCGCACGCCCUGGGGCUGCCUGGCGGACUGCUCCAGCUCCUACGUGCUGCUGCUCUUCGCGGUGUACACUUCAGCCUUCGGACUGCUCGCCGGCCUCUCGGUCCCGCUCAUUCACCAGCUGCUGUGCUCAGAGGAGCCGCUGAGACUCCAUGCUCACUACCAGGAGAUUUCCCGCGGAACGUCCACCCCCGGGACCCCUCCAACUGGGGAGAGAGUGCUUUCCCUGUGCCCAGAGGAUGCUCUGGGCCCUGCCCUGCGUCGCUUUGCGGGAUGCUCCCCGAACUCAGACGCCGUGUUGGGGCCGGGGCCGCCCGGGAGGGUGGAGCAGGAGCGCGGGCCAGGGCGCAGCGCAGCUGCUGGGGCUGGAGCCUGCAGGCGUGAGGACCCGGGGACUCUCUAUGGCACCAGGAGCUUCAGCGUGAGCACAGCGCAGAAGCGCUUCUCUUUGAUCCUGGCGCUGACCAAAGUCAUCCUUUGGCUUCCCAUGAUGAUCCACAUGGUGGUCCAGCACAUGGGCUUUCAGAGCCUUCCCUUCGAGUCACUCAGCUUCCUACUAACCCUGCUGGCCACCACUGUAACCCCCGUGUUUGUCUUGUCCAAACGCUGGACCCACCUGCCCUGUGGCUGCAUCAUCAACUGCAAGCAGGAUGCAUAUGCAGUGGCAUCCGAUGGGGGAAAAACCAAGAGAAACUGCUUUGAAUUCAAUCUAUCAUUUGAACAAAGUUAUGGAAUUUAUAAAAUAGCACAUGAAGACUACUAUGGUGAUGAUGGAAAUUCUAUAUCCUAUCACAAUCUCAUGAACUAUGAAUGCAAAACUCCAAAAGAUUCUCAGAGAGACACUCCUAAUAUCUUCAGUGCCAUAAAAGUGGAAAUCAGCACUACACCCUCCCUGGACAGCUCCACACUUAAAGGCAUUAACAAGUAUACGAAUACUGAUAUUACAGAGGCUAAACAGGAUUCCCACAAUGAGAAGGGUGUUGACCCACUGCUCUAUGAAAAAAGAGGUGAUAUUCACUAUGAAGAAACCACCUUUUUGGAAGGGCCAGAAAGAAGACUUUCUCAUGAGGAGAAUCAGAAACCAGACCUUUCAGACUGGGAAUGGUGUAGGAGUAAAUCAGAAAGAACUCCUCGUCAGCGUUCCGGUGGUGGCCUUGCCAUUCCCUUGUGUGCGUUCCAGGGGAUGGUGUCUCUCCAGGCCCCCACAGGGAAAACACUAUCUCUUUCUACCUAUGAGGUAAGCACAGAAGGACAGAAAAUAACCCCAGCCUCUAAGAAAAUAGAAGUCUAUCGAUCCAAAAGUGUUGGCCAUGAACCAAACUCAGAAGAUUCUCCAUCCACAUUUGCGGACACCAGUGUAAAAAUACAUUUGGAGGUUCUUGAAAUUUGUGAUAAUGAAGAGGCCUUGGACACUGUGUCGAUCAUUAGCAACAUCAGCCAGUCCUCCACACAGGUCCGAUCUCCAUCCCUACGCUACUCACGGAAAGAAAACAGAUUUGUUUCAUGUGACUUAGGAGAAACAGCCUCGUAUUCUCUCUUUUUACCCACAAGUAAUCCUGAUGGUAAUAUCAACAUCUCCAUCCCAGACACCGUUGAAGCACACAGGCAGAACAGUAAAAGGCAGCAUCAAGAGAGGGAUGGCUACCAAGAGGAAAUCCAGUUGUUAAAUCAAGCUUACAGGAAGAGAGAGGAAGAAAGCAAGGGUAGCUAG